UUUCCCUUCUCUCCUUCCUUACUUGCUAAGCACAGAGAGAGAGAGAGAGAGAGAGAGAGAGUGAUUAUCCUUUCCUUUCAUUGGGUUCUCGAUUGAUUCUGGGAUUUCAUAGUACCUCAGAAGAGCGGUUGUUUGCUUCCUUUUUCCUGGGAUUCUGUUUUCGUUUGGACAAUCCGAGGAAUCUAUCUAGCUGUUGGGCCUUUCUUUCGAUUUGUCCCAGGAAUCACUUCUGCUUAUAUUUCCCACGCUCUGUAGAAUUAAAACUAUUUCCUUGAGAGAGGACUUGUCCUGAUCUUUCUACCAAUGGAUAUUCAGCAGUUGCCCUUUCUCUUCAAAAAAGAUGGUACCUCGUGUAAGAAACUCCUACUUUACUCCCAAUUAUUUUGAAGAGGCUGAUUCCCGAACUCGAACCCAAUUAGUGGCUUUUUGAUGGGACAGAAUGAACUAACAACGUCAAACGCUGAUAACUACCAUCCUGAUGGCAGUGUGAAAUCUGAAACAGCGGUUAAGGUAAGGAAACCUUACACGAUUACAAAACAAAGAGAAAAAUGGACGGAAGAAGAGCAUCAAAAGUUUCUUGAAGCCUUAAAGCUGUAUGGUCGGGGUUGGCGUCAAAUUGAAGCACAUGUAGGCACCAAAACUGCUGUUCAGAUUCGAAGUCAUGCUCAAAAAUUCUUCUCUAAGGUGGUCCGGGCUUCCAGUAGUAGCACUGAGAGCUCCAUUGAACCAGUUGAGAUUCCUCCUCCGCGGCCAAAGAGGAAACCCUUGCAUCCUUACCCACGUAAAUUGGCUGAUUCUCUUAAUGGAAUAUCAGUUGCAGAUCAAUCUGAGAGGUCUCCAUCGCCAUAUUCAUUGGUGGCUGAGAAAGAUACUGAAUCUCCCACUUCAGUUUUUUCUGCAGUUGGGUCAGAUGCAUUAGGGUCUGGAGUUUCGGAACAGCACAAUGUUUGUCCUUCGCCGAUGUCAUGCACAACUGACAUGCACUCAAUCAGCUUAGCCACUGUUGAGAAAGAGAAUGAACACAUGAUGGUGAAUUCCUCUGUCCAAGAAGAGAAAUUACAGAAAUUUGAAUCAGCUUCCAAGGAAACUUUAAGUACUGACGGAGAUGAAGCCAUGGGAGCAAUUGUCUCAAGUAUCAAGCUUUUUGGAAGGACAGUCUUGGUAACAGAUUCCCAGAAACCAUGUUCUCCAGGUGCAGAGAAUAUUGACUCACCAACAUCUAAGACUAUUCUAGAGAAUCUUGACAUUGAUACUGAGAAGUUUCCUGAAACAUUUCCUUCAAACCAAUUAGACACACAUUUAUCACUCGAAAUAGUUAACUGUGAUUGGAGAUUAUUGCCAUGCCAAGCCCCAGUUCAAUGCGUGGAACAUCAGAAAGAGAACACCAACUCUGCAGAAGCCAACCCUUAUGCUUCUCUGCCAUGGUUGGCUUUGUACCAAGGCCUGCCAUAUUAUCACCUUCCCUCAUAUAACCAAACUUCAGUUCAAAUACCUACAUAUUCUUGCGUAGAAGAAAAAACGAAAGAGAGAGAUAUUCUAAAGGAAAAAUCUUGUAGUGGGUCAAACUCUGUGUCAGCUAGUGAAGUCGAAAAUGAAGGGAAGAAUUUAGAUGCUGUUGAUUCUCAGUUUCAAGAAACUAGAGGGAGGAUUAACCCCUGCAAGUCUAUGAAGGGGUUUGCGCCCUACAAAAGAUGUCUAGCAGAGAGAGAUGCUAACUCAUCUGUGAUUGUUUUGGAAGAGAGAGAAGGGCAAAGAGCUCGAGUUUGCUCAUAUUGACCUUCAUGUAUCUCAAUUGUCCACAGUUAGAAUUAUUAAGCAAGUUCAGUAGCUAUUUUUGGUAGUUUGAUGUAGGUUGUAUCAGACUCCUUUUCAUCCCCGUUUCUCCACUAGAGCUCCCUUCAAGUCACUCUAUAUCUUUGUAUGCAAACCUUGUUUUUAGAAGUUUAGGAGCUGAUAGUAGCUUGGUUAUUACAGUCCCACUCCCAGACUCCCAUGUGCUGCUACUUUCAGCCAUUGGAGCUAUCCAAAUUGUCACCUGGUUGUUCUUUUUGACCUUGCCAUUGCUUCAAUAUUUAACUUCAGUUCCCCACAAA